AUGGCAAAGGGACACUCCUCAAACUACGUCGUUUUACCACGGCGUUGCUGCUUCACGUGCACGGUGGUUCUUGUGGUGUGCCUGGCCAGCGUGUUCCUUUUUUGGCCGUCGGAUCCUCAGCUGAAGAUUGAACGGCUGAGGGUGCGGAAGGUGAAGGUGCACCCUCUGCCGCCGAUCAGCGCCGACGUGUAUAUAUCGGUGACGGUGAGGGUGCACAACGGCGACGUGUACUGGAUGGAGCUGACGGAGGUUGACGUCGGUGUGAAGUAUAGAGGGUAUAAGCUGGGUCACGUGGAGUCAGAGGGUUGGCACGUGAGCAGUUGGGGGUCGUCCUACGUGGAUGGUGACCUGAAGUUUAGUGGGCUCCCAUCUGCUGACGUGGCACAUUUGCUGGAGGACCUUGCCAAGGGUAGGGUAUACUUACGUACUGUUACAGAGGUCUCUGCCCAACUUGGCCUUCUCGUAUUUCGCUUGCCUCUCACUUUCAAGACAACACUCUCGUGUGAGGUUUUGGUCAAUACAAAAAAUCAUACAAUUGUUCGUCAACAUUGUAUCCACAAGGACUAGCUACAAACAAUGUGCAACAAUGGGGCGAAGGCUCAAAGGAUGUUACUCUUCCUCUAUAUGCAUUGAAUACAUAUAAAUAUAAUUUUUUGUAUAGAUCAAUGUGAAGCGCCGUAUGUUCUAAGAUUAUAUUAUUAUUAGUAGUAGUAGUAAUAGUAAUAGUUGUAGCUGGUGCCCCAAUUAAAAUCCAUGUUUUAUUAUGAUCAUUAUUGUAACAGUGGGUAAAGA